CCCAUACCAAAGCAUUGAAGCUCGAAGAGAUAUAAAAAGAAAGAACCAUGUCGCCAGGACUUCUCUAUGACCCAAAGAAUGUCUCGUGGGCAGAAUCUGCCUCGAAACUUGAGAGAUAUGAUGGGCCCCCGAGAAACGUGAAGUAUAUUGAAGAACUCAACUUCGAUAAGGGAGUCAAACCGAAGGAGUAUCAGAUCCGGGGUACCAAUCCCGACUCGAAGAUUCUGAUUCUCGAUGUUGAGAUCAUCGAUUCGACGGGAAAAGAGCCCUACCGUGGAGAUGUAUACAUUGAAGGGGAGCGCUUCUCCGCCGUGGGAGAUGUACCCAACAAAGAAAAAUUGAUGGAGGACGCGAAAGUGAUGAAGUUCUAUGGCCAUGGCAGGGCCCUGAUGUCUGGGCUAGGAGACGCCCAUACUCAUCUCUCCUUGAAUGGAGGAGAUAUCGAUCGUAUGGGGGAGCUGGGUGUCGAAGAGCACACACUCCUGACAGCAAAGAGUGCUCAGUCCUUCCUAGAUUCAGGAUAUACCUUAUGUUGGGGAGCCGCGUCCGCCAAGGAGAAACUCGAUGUCGUUAUCCGAGAUGCCAUCAACGCGGGAAAUCUUCCUGGCCCACGAUACCUUGCCAACGGGAAGGAAAUGGCACGUCGCGACGGAGAACUUGUUGCUAGCACAACUGCAUUUGCAGAUGGUCCACUCGAGAUGAGAGAGGUCAUCAGACAUCACGUCGACAUUGGAGUCGAUCAGAUCAAGCUAAGCAUGUCCGGGGAAGAGAUCAUGGAAUCACGAUCUGCCCAGGAGUGCUUCUACACUGACGAGGAAACAGCGGCGUGCGUGGACGAGGCUCACAAACAUGGUCGUAUGCUCUGUGCGCAUGCGCGCGCGCGAGACUCGGUGACGAUGUGUGUUGAACAUGGUGUGGAUGUGAUAUUCCAUGCUUCCUAUGUCGAUGAUGAAGGAAUGGACAUGCUAGAGGAGAAGAAGCAUAAGCACGUGGUUGUCCCCGCGCUCAACUGGUUGGUCGGCACUGUGGAAGAUGCUGAAGCGUAUGGAUAUCCAAAAUCCAAAGCAGAGAAGGCAGGAUACAAAAGAGAACUCGAUGCAGCCGUAUUGGGUCUACGCGAAAUGCAUCGGCGAGGAAUCGUCGUUUUGCCAGGAGGUGACUACGGCUACGCUUGGACUCCUCAUGGCACCUACGCGCGCGACCUCGCGCACUUCAAGAACCUCCUCGGCUUCACAGCCCACGAAGCCAUCAUUGCUGCCACCGCCGGCAUCGCUAAGCUCUUCAUGCGGGAGCACGAACUCGGGCAGAUCAAGCCCGGCUAUUAUGCUGACUGUAUCCUUGUGGACGGUAAUCCGCUCCAGGAGAUCGAAGUCCUCCAGGACCACUCGAAGUUGAACAUCAUUCUUAUCAACGGCCGCGUCCAUAAGGCAGGACGGAAUGAAUACCUUCCUCCGCCUAUUGCGGGUGAGAAGAGUAAGAAUCGGAUAAUCGCCGAGGUGGAAUUUCCAGAGGUGAAGAAAGAGAUGCAGAAGCAGCAUUGAUGGGCUAUGCCUGCGGGGUUAUCGUAUGAGUUGGAUUAUGUACUUAGAUGCUACUCGCCAUGGCUAUUCGCUCCUUUAUAUUUCUUAUGUUUAACGAAGAAUAUGAUUUGUGCCAUCGUUAUGAGAUGCUUCUGCUACUUUCGAGGUACUGAAAAUAGUUAUUGGAAAAAAAAAAAAAAAAAAAAA